AUGUCGGCAAUACUUGAUCAACAGCAACAACAACAACAAUUAAACCUUCCAAUUUGUGUUCAUUGUAGACAACCAAUUUUGGAUCCUUUUAUUCUUCGUCUCCAUCCAGAUUUGGAAUUUCAUAUUGGAUGUAUAAAAAAUGUUGUAUUCCUCUCGAUGAAAGGUCUGGUUCUGCAUUUUUACGUGAUGGAAAAAUUUUUUGUCGUGAAGAUUAUAAUCGGUAUUUCUAUUUUAAAAAUUAAUUUAAAUAAAAUUAAUUUACAAAAUCCAGAAAAAAUUUAUCCGUUUAAUUUCAUUGUCCAUCAAAAAUCGCCUGAGGCUAUUUUUUAUUUAUCCAAUAAAAUUUUUAUGUUUUGGCUUUUAGCCCCUCAUAUUUUCUUCUUUUGUUUAAAAAAUUUGUUUAUUUAUUUACUUCCGUUUAAAUAAAAACAUUAAUUUUCAUUCAUUCAUCAUCUCCCUUUCACCUUUACCCCUCCUAUUAUUCUUCCCGCAAUUUUCCCCAUUAGAGAAAACAAUUCCUUGUUUUCCGGGCCCGUUUCGAUUUUCUUCAUUUUUUUCAUUGUUUUCUUUUAUUUUCGUCUACAUUUCUUUUCAAUUUUUAUUUUAAUGUUUGUUAAUAUUUAUUUAUUUGUU